AUUUGCACCAUUUGCAGAUGCUGCCGACAUGUAUAGUAAGCUCAUUCUCAUCGCGUCGUGUUGUGCUUGCGCGUGGAUAGCCAGCGGUGAUGCGGCCGCGGCGGUGGUGGCCAACGAUCUCCACUCUAACGACGACGACGCCGUCAACGAAGCAGCGUCAGCAUCAGGCGUUCCUGACAAGAGGUUGAUAUUUCCUGACCCGGACACGGGCCACUAUCGACAACUGAUGUACGGAUACAGAUCGAGGCGACCCUUCCACUACCUCGAUAAGCGACUCAUCUUCCGCUUCCCGCCGUGGUAUCACCGCACGAACAAAGCGAAGAACGGCAAACCGAAGAGAGACGGCGAGGACGAAAUAUCUCGACUAUUUUCUUCGCUUAAAAAGUACAUGAGGGAGAGUGAUUAGUAAAUAUAAUAGAGUUGUAUAUUAUAUAAACUAAGAUCAUGUAUCCUAUGAGCCCGUGUUCUUUUGAUUUCCGAGGCAAAUCAUCCGCGCGUGCUUGUCGUAAUUGAAUUAAGAUCGUCGUGCGUUUUAAAUGUCUGUUGCCCCAUUACUGAUUGUAGUUUCUAGAAUUAUUAUUGUUAUUAGCAGCGGCUCAUAAUACCUGGCAGAGUUUUUUUCUCUUUUUUUUCUCCAAUUCACUCUCUCUCUCUCUCUCGCUCUUUCUUUCUCUCUUACUCUCUGUUUUUCUCUUUCUCGCGCGCGCGUAUAUGAUGACAACUGUGCAAAAGCAACCGUUAGCUAUUUCGGUACUAAUUAUUAAAUGCGUAUAAAUAUAUACGUUUAUUUUUCGAAUAACUUUGUUUUGAUGUGAUUUGUAGUUCGUUACUAUAAAUUCGGCGCGUCAGCAUGAGGUUAUAGUAACGUCAGCGCCAUGCCAGUCUCGUAUCAGAAUGACGUCAGCGUCAUGCAAGCGUUGCAUCAGCAAACAAUCACAUCAGCGUCAUCAUUACUUCAGACUCACGUCAGCCUUACGUCAGCCGUGCGUCAGCGUUAUGUCGACCUUGCGUCAGCCUUACUUUUUAACACCUAGGCUGAGUCAUAAUGAGUGAUAUCUUUCUAGUUUGUUAAUACGUCAUCGGCUUACAUUUGUGAUAGUUAAACACGCGUAAUGUGUUAAUUACUAUGUAAAAUAAAUGAUAAUGAAACGAAAAAUAGUAAAUGAUCCUAAAUUUACAGUCAUAAAACGUAAUAGAAAUUUUUGCCACAACACAUUUCGCGCAUACAUGAAAUUCAUGCAAUUUAGUAGGAUAUUGCUAUGUAAGAUAUAGGUAUAAAAACAUUCCGUCAUUUUACGGUAUUUAGUUUGACAGACUGUGUUGGGAGAUCGUGUCUGUAGCUUUACAACGUUACGACAACGUUCUACUGUCGAAUAAUACCAGGACCUGGUGAAAUAAUAACGGUCGACAAAAACAGCAAAAAAAACAACGAACUUUACAGCGAGGUUGUAUUUAUUAUCGA